AUAUAUAUUAAUCAGGCAAGUAAUUAAAAUUAGAGCAAUAAUGAUAUUUGAUUAAUUUAAUUAGUUAAAGAAAUGCAGUAAACAACUUGUGAGCAAUUGUUUCAAGAAAAAGGCUUGAAGUUAUGAGGACAAUCGAUUAGACCACAGUGUGGUCCUCUCUCAUGAGUACACCCAAAGUUCAAUUUCCCCAACAUCUCUCUCUCUCUCUCUCUCACUAAAUUUUAGCAUUUUUUACACGUGGACUGUAGCCAAAUUAAGAAAAAAAAAAUCUUAAUUGAUUAGAUUUUCACGGCUGCAGCUAAAAGAAAUAUUGUUUAUAUAAAGGGGAGGUUUUCCUUUCAAAAACAGAGAAUUGGUACUAAUAAGGAAGUACCAUCACAUUAAAUGGUGAGCUAUAGCAAGCUAAUUGGCUGAGGAUUUGGGUAAAAAGAGAAUGGGCCAUCAAUGUUGCAGCAAGCAGAAAGUCAAGAGAGGGUUAUGGUCUCCUGAGGAAGAUGAGAAGCUAAUCAAGUUCAUUACCACCUAUGGUCAUGGUUCAUGGAGUUCUGUUCCAAAGCUGGCAGGGCUGCAAAGGUGUGGAAAGAGUUGCAGAUUGAGAUGGAUAAACUACUUAAGACCAGAUCUCAAAAGAGGUUCCUUUACUGCGCAAGAAGAGAUGACCAUCAUUGAUAUUCAUAGAAUUCUAGGUAACAGAUGGGCUCAAAUAGCUAAGCAUUUACCUGGAAGAACUGAUAAUGAGAUCAAGAACUUCUGGAACUCUUGCAUCAAGAAGAAGCUUAUCGCACAAGGGUUAGAUCCCAACACUCACAAACUCCUCUCUCCUAGUUAUAAACAAAAUUGUAACAAUAACACUCCAUACGGACUCUCUGCAGAUUCUCAUUACCAGCCCAUAUUGUCUUCAUCAGUUUCUAGUGCUGUAAGUCCACAAAUGAAAGAUUUUUCCAUGGAUGUGAAGAAAACCCCCUUUAACCUUUCUUUCCUUUCUAUUCCACCUCCUGAUGCUAAUUCUUCCUGUCUUCAUCCAUUGCAUAUUUCCUCCACAUGUGAACAGCAAAACUCUAAUAUGCAAACUUUCUUGGACUGUGCAAGCCAAUCUAUUUCAAAGAGAAGUGUCACCAUUUCCUGUUCUAAUUCAAAUCCAUUUGGGUUUGGGGUCAUAGAAGACAGGAGCUUGUGGAGUGGUGACAUAGAGCCCAUUCAAUCCUCAAGAAACGAAGAAGUGCCGGCAGAACAAGUAGCUGAAAUUGAGAAAACCAAUGAGCACAUGAGUACUGGGCAGAACCUAUGUAGCACGGAAACGGAAACGCGGACACGGGGAAAAGCGGAAACGGACACGGGGAAACGGCAUUUUAAAAAACAUAGCAAACGGAAACGUGGGGAAACGUGUAAAUAUAAAAAAUAUAGGGGUAUAUUUAUAAAUAAAUAAAUAACUUGAAAUUUUAUAAUUUUAAAAAUAACUUUAAAAAUAUAUUUACAUUUGUUCUUAAUUUCCUUCAAAAUGUUGAUUGUAAAAAUAUGGCAAAUCUUGAAAAUUUUUAGUGAAUUUGGGAAAAAAUUUU